UGGAGAUGUCGGACUUACAGCUGCAGCUUCAGCUAGUGUGGCUAGCUCAGUGAAUCAGGGGGCGUCAUACAGAGAGCCAUGGUCUAAAGUGAUACAAGACAAACAAAGCGAAAUGCCACGAAUAUAAAUAAGGGCGGGAGCAUUUUUUUUAAAGCAGCAAGGAGCGGAUUUAUUUUUUUCUCCCAGCCGAGGUUUGACCACAUCACUGUGACUUUGUCACCACUUACAAGGCAUUAUUGGAGAUUAACUUGAAUCUAAAAUAAUAAUCAUGAACACCCACGAGUCAGACGUGCACACCAUCUCUCCGGAGCUGCCAGCAAUGUUUGACGGCAUGAAGCUGGCGGCGGUGGCCACGGUGCUCUAUAUCAUCGUGCGCUGCUUGAACCUCAAGAGCCCCACUGCGCCCCCGGACCUCACCUACCAGGACACACCCCUCAACCGCUUCCUUCUCAAGUCCUGUCCUCAGCUGACCAAAGAGUACAUCCCUCCCUUACUGUGGGGGAAGAGCGGUCACCUCCAGACAGCACUGUAUGGUAAACUUGGUCGUGUGAGCUCACCUCACCCCAGUGGAAUCAGGAAGUACUUACCCAUGCAGGACGGGGCCACUGCGACCUUUGACCUCUUUGAGCCAGUGGGGGACCAUCGGACAGGAGAUGACAUGACCAUGGUGAUAUGCCCUGGUAUUGGUAACCAUAGUGAAAAGCAUUACAUCCGAACCUUUGUGGACUACGCCCAGAAGGAAGGGUACCGCUGUGCUGUGCUGAACCACCUGGGAGCUCUUCCCAACAUCGAGCUUACCUCUCCACGCAUGUUUACCUAUGGGUGCACAUGGGAAUUUGCAUCUAUGGUUGGCUACAUUAAGCGGACGUAUCCUCAGACCCAGCUGAUUGUGGUGGGCUUCAGUCUGGGUGGAAACAUUGUAUGUAAGUUCCUGGGCGAGAACAGGACGAACCAGGAGCGAGUGCUGUGUUGUGUCAGCGUCUGUCAGGGGUACAGCGCUCUCAGGGCUCAGGAAACAUUCCUACAGUGGGACCAGUUCAGACGCUUCUAUAACUUUCUCAUGGCUGACAACAUGAAGAAAAUUAUCCUCUCACACAGGCACAGUCUGUUUGGGGGAAGCUCAGUUAAAAUGAUAGAUGCAGAUUUCAGUCGGCUGUACACAGCGACGUCCCUCAUGCAGAUUGACGACAACAUCAUGAGAAAAUUCCACGGCCACAGUUCUCUCAAAGAGUACUAUGAGAAGGAGAGUUGUGUACAUUAUAUUGACAAUGUCAAGGUGCCACUGCUGCUAGUGAACUCUGCAGAUGAUCCUCUGGUUCAUGACUCGCUGCUCACCAUCCCUCGCACACUAGCAGCAAAGAAGCCGAACGUGAUCUUUUCCCUGACGCUACACGGAGGCCACCUGGGCUUCUUCGAGGGCGCGGUGCUCUUCCCCCAGCCCCUCACCUGGAUGGACAAAGUGAUCGUGGGUUACGCCAAUGCCAUGUGCCAGUGGGAGAAACAGAAACCGCCAUGCCAAAGUGGCCACCUGAGUGAGAGUUCCUGUGCAGAGGACAAAGCUUAAACUUCUGACCUCUGUAUGUCGACCACUCUUUCUCUUCCCUCUCACUUCUCCACCCUCUCACUGUCCCAGCACUGAGAAGACACCUGAACUAAACCUUAAACUGCGCUCUCUUCUCUGCCUUCUCCUCUGGUGCUACUCACCUCUCCCGACCCACAUUUCCCGGUCACACAUGUCUCCACGCCUUCACCACAGUUCCCCUUUGUAAUCACCAUCACCUUACACUAUGUGAAAGAACAAAAACAAAUAACUGCCUUUGUGCUCUUUUCCGUUGGCAAAGACUUUGAAUUCAGAGCAGGAACAUUUUGUUUCUCUUCAUGUACACAACAGUGACCCUUGGCUAAUAGAGGUGUUGACCAAAUAUGAUGAGAGAUGAAGUCAAGCUCGUAUUAAAAGGAAAAUGAGAGCACCACUUUAGAGUAGUCCAGUGAAAGACAAGAGCACACAUGAAGCCUCCUGUUACAGUAAACAAGGACUGUGCUGCAGUCAGUGCCCAUUUACUGCAACUGUAAGAAGCUCACUGCUUAUCACUGCUUAUCAAGGCCAUAUAGCCUAGUCUGCUGUCUUAACCAACACAGCGUCUUUGUAGUAUGUAUGUAUGUAACUCACAUAUGUAGUGUGUAUGUUUAUGUGUGCCUGUGUCGACCGAGAGGUAAAGACCCAUAACGGAGCAUGUGAUCUUUGUGGUUGGUAGGUGUGAUCCAAAUUCUCUGUUCAUGGUCUGUUGGCCCUUAUAAUGUCCGUUCGUUUGGGAGUUGUUGCUCUGUUGUUUGUAGAAAAUGUAAAGUAGAAAAAUUAAGUAUUAUGGAGGGGUUUUACACAUUAUUUCCAGAUCAUAGCAACCUCUUGGCACCUGUGUUUGGCAUUUGAAUUGAAGGUGUUCAGUGCUAACCAGACGUGACCAGGGAUCAACCCCAGAUGGGAUCCAUGCACAUUCCCACGGUCACAUUCUAUCACUUUGAUUCAGUGCACUUUACGUAUGUAUGACACAAUCUUUGUUCUUUUUUUCCCUUUUCUCCCCUCAUUAGUUGAAGCGCAGAUAUGGAGCUUAUAGAUGGUUUAGCUCUCCUUGUGACUGAAAGGAAGAACUGGAGGGAGCAAGGAUGAUAACGAAAAGUUAGAUGACUCAAAUGUUCCCUGUGUUCCCUGUUGUCUGUGUCUUUGAGCCCUCUUACUCUUUCGUCUGCCUUUGAUCAGCUGCAGGUCCUGCCAACACUGAUAUCCUUUUCUUGCUGCACAGAUCCAGACCUGCCCACUAGCUAGCCUCUGAGGAGUUGAGUGCCCAACCAUGUAAACACCCCAUUUGGUGCAAACAUCUCAGUACACUUUUGCAUUUUCCAGCACGUGAUUCUGGUGUCGGAUUUGGAAAAGACAGCCUACUGAUUGGCCCAUGUGGCGCUGAUUUAAAGGCAAAGUUCAGCAGCGUGAAGCAGAUUUUCUCUAAUAAUCUGAGCUGUGAGGUGUGAUGAGUAGGAGGGCCAGGGAUACCAACGCCAAACCAAAUGUUGAUUUUAGUGGAUUGUAACAUACUGGUGAUUGUUAUAUUGUAUAAUUAGAUGGCGAACACUGCAUGCAAGAAAGAAGAGACAUAUUUUAAUGCAAGGGAAUCUUUGUUUAAAAGACUACAUUUAAAAGCUUUUCUUUUUUUCUUGAAUGGGGUGAGCGUUAAAGCUGUUGGAACACAGCAGCAAAUGUGUCUUGAUGAAAACUUACUGCAAUAAUGGGACCUGUGGACUUUCCAAAACCUGAAUCUAACCAAGGACUUGUUGCGAACCUUGUUGUAAGGGCUUAGGAAGCUUCUUCCAGUCCAGCCAAGUAAUCUGUAGUCCAAAACUGAAACUGAACACUGUGAUGAGACAGAUGGAUGGUUUGAAACAAUGAAGGGAUAUGCAGUGAUUGACAACAGCACUGUUAAGGCCAAGUUUUGUGCAUUAUAAUAACUGGGUUUGAUAGUAUUUGUAAGUUGUAGCAUUAAUUUGAGUUUCAGAAAGUUUUCAUAUCUGGACAAUUCAUAUAAUAGCACACACCAUCAAUCAUAGAAGUGUGCAGAAUUUGAUAAUAAUGAGAAUCAAAACCCUGCGCAUACAAAAAAAGAGGACCUGGAAUAAAUUAAUUGUGUCCGUUAGUUGCAAUUUUGUCUGAAGAGUAAUUAUCCUGAGCAUUUAAGUUGAAUCUUGGCCUAAAAUAGCAGUUUAGGUUAAGAUCGGAGUAGUUUAAUUGUACUGUACUAGUGAUUCUGAUCACUGUUGAUAUCAAAUUGGUUGUUCUUUGGCUCAGGGACAAUUUCACCACCACAGCUUAUGGAGAUCUGUUGGUUUUUGAGAUGUGAUUGACUUAAAUUUAAUCUCCUUUGGUGGAGAUUAUUCUGUGCAGACACUAUGAAAACCAGGUCUUAAUCCCACCAAUUCUGGCUUGACUAAUAUUAAAAAUAGAGAUUCACAGAACCCUUUAUCCCGCUCAGCUCAAGGUAUCUGCCAGUACAGAGUACCAAUCCGAUACCAGUGCCCUCUUUUUUCCCACAUUUAAAAUCUGUGUACCUCACUUUUUAGAACUCAUGGCGAUCAUCUUUUUGUACUGUAAGGGAAGCAGCCCGCCAAGACUGAAUUAAGGGAACUGAAAGUGGGGACACUAAAAUGUUAUGACAUAGACAAUGGAACUGUAUUUAAUGUGGAUCAGUGACAUCAUGGCCAAUACCCAAUCCACUUACUUGUGUUGUUUGGAUCAGUCUGUCUGGCACUUUCUUUCUCUCACUCUUGCAUUGUUCAAACCACAAAUCACUGUUGCCAUCUGUUGUCAGGGAGACCUAACUACAACUGCCAGUCAUUCAUGGCAAACAUCCUCUUAUUCACCCGCACAGAGGUUAUAUGGUUCAUGGUUCCCUCUGUCCACAGCUCUCAUUUCAACAUAAUCAAACAAAAGUGUGGUUUGGAUUUAUUCUGGCUUGAAGAAUAUUGACACCAGCACAAACCCAGUUUCUGCAGUAAGAGCCAGUUGUGUUCUUGUUAAGAUUUUUGCCUCUCCGAAACUUUGCUCAAAAAUGCAGGUUUGGAUGUAUUAUUUGGAUGUAUUUUUUUUUCUAGCUGAUUAUUUGAGGUAUGUUUUUUAUAUUUUGUAUUGUUAUUACAACUUGUGUUAUUUGCUCGUGCAAAUGCAUCAGAGAGUGAGUGUUGAUGAGUAAGCAAACAGUAGGUGUAUACUGUCAUAUUAUCACCUCUGAUUGAUGAAAACCAAAACUUCUUCAGUUUAACAAUAGAAAAGCUAAAGAAAUAUAAAGUGUGUAUAUUCAAAUAUUUGAGGGAACAGCUAUGGGAUAAUAAAGGCAAUAACCAACCAGGAGGGAUUAACUUGUCUUUUAAAUGCUAACAUGACAGGAAAUGUCAUGUUAGAAGUGUCAAAGUGUAUUAGACCAAAACACGUUAUAUACAUUAAGCUAAUUUUCCCAUUGAGUGUGGGGUCUGACAUGUUGUUUUACCGUGUUGAUAUGAAAAUGUGCUCCGCUGUAUUUAUCCUAACUCCAGUGCUUCAAGCAUCUUGUUUUCUCAAGAUUGUGGGGCUCAUCUGUAAUUGCUUGGUAACUGAAGACUUCAAAUAUAAACCUCUCUAGUGACUUUAAAUGUCAGUGAAUCCAAAAAUACACCUUGGAUUGUGAUGAACAUUUCUCAGUGUUGUUCCUCAAAAGUGAUUUUUGCAUUUGAAAUCUCAUCGGCCCAAGAAAGGAGAUGAGAGCCCACAGUAAUGUUAACCCGCAGUAAUCAUUAUACGGCUUUAAUUUUGUGUUUACAAACAUUUUGAUGCUGAAAGACGGUUUAAGGGAUGUGAUGACUAGAAGGGGCACACAUAGUCACACAUGAUGUAUUGAACACUGGGUGUUUUUGUUGAAGAAAACCAGUGGUGUGUGUGUGAUCUAACAAUGUGAGGAAAUAUCGUUAUUGUGUCCCAAAAUAAAUUAUUUUCUCAAAAGAAAAA